UAGACGCGUUAAACGUUCAAGUGGUGUAAGGAAGAUGGAAAUUACUGUUAACAAUGGAGUUUAUUUCCCAACCGACUUGUUGUGUUGAGUCGGAAGAUCGAAAUUUGUACCUGAGAAAGAAUCGUUGUCUUCUUCAGAGCCUCCAAAGUCCAAAUCUUUUUUUUGGUUACGUAUCUCAAACCCUAAUCUUUUGUUCUCUCUCUCUCUCUCUCUCUCUAACUCUGAUUCUUGAGAUCUCGUUUAAGUCUGAUCCCAAUCUAUGUUCGAUCUCACUCUUCCCGAGAUCUCAUCUUCCUUAUUAUUAUAAAAGAUCCAUAUAUGAGCUAUAAACUCUCACAGAUUUGAUCUGUGAAUCCGCGUAUAUGCUCAAUCGGAGCCGGAUUUGAAGGUGUGAUUAAGGAGGAAGAAGGGAAGUUUAAAUAAAAAAACAAAACAAACAAUGGGAGCUGAAAAGAAAUGGCUUUUCACUCUCUUCUCUGUAGUGUUCCUCUCAGUGUUCCUUCUCUUACUCUACUCAAUCUCUGCUUUCACUUCUAAACCAUUCCCUUCAUCAAUCCGUCACGGACCUCAUUACCCACCUGCUUUUGCUUAUUACAUAACCGGUGGUCGUGGUGAUAAUGACCGGAUCUUUAGGUUAUUGCUCGCGGUUUAUCAUCCUAGGAACCGGUACCUUCUCCACCUCGGUGCUGAAGCUACUGAUGCUGAGAGGCUAGCUCUUCUCUCUGAUUUGAAAUCUGUGCCUGCUGUGAAUGCUUUUGGGAAUGUUGAUGUUUUGGGUAAAGUUGAUCGUUUGUCUGAUAAUGGUGCUUCUAAGACUGCUGCUACUCUUCACGCUGUUUCUAUUCUUCUUAAGCUUGAUCGUACUUGGAAUUGGUUUAUUGAGCUUAGUGCCUUGGAUUAUCCUCUCAUUACUCAAGAUGACUUGUCUCAUGUGUUUGCCUCGGUGAACAGAAGCCUCAAUUUCAUUGAUCAUACUAGUGACCUUGCUUGGAAAGAAUCACAGAGAAUCAAGCCUAUUGUUGUUGAUCCAGCACUUUACUUAGCUAGAAGAACUCAGCUCUUCACAGCUACUGAGAAACGACCAACACCAGAUGCUUUCAAAGUCUUUACAGGCUCUCCUUGGAUUGUACUAAGCAGAUCUUUCCUAGAAUACUGCAUCUUCGGUUGGGACAAUUUACCAAGAACCCUUCUCAUGUAUUUCAACAACGUCAUUCUCUCAGAAGAAUGCUACUUCCACACGGUGAUAUGCAACGCGCCAGAGUUCAGUAACACGACAGUCAACGGGGACUUACGGUACAUGAUAUGGGACAGUCCACCAAAGAUGGAACCACAUUUCCUCAGCGUCUCUGAUUUCGAUCAAAUGGCUCAAAGCGGAGCGGCUUUCGCCCGGCAGUUCAAGAAAGACGAUCCAGUACUCGACAUGGUCGAUAGAGAGAUACUAAAACGCGGACGUUACCGAGUCACACCUGGAGCUUGGUGCUCUAGCCACAGUAGCUGGUGGACAGAUCCUUGCUCGGAAUGGGGUGAAGUCAACAUUGUCAAAGCUGGACCUCAAGCUAAGAAGCUAGACGAAACAAUAACGAAUUUUCUUGAUGAUUUGAAUUCACAAUCGAACCAAUGCAAGUGAUGAAGAGAAAAAAAGGUUUGGACUUUUGGAGUCAUUUAUAGGAUACACGACACGAGAGAUUACAUUGUUUUCACUCUCUGUAAGGUUUAAUUCUUUGGGCAACAACAAGAAUCACAGUGGCUACUGUAUCAUCUAUACGAGGAGAAGAGAUUAAAGAAGAGACCUUUUUCUCUUUUCCCAGAUUUUGUAAUUCCUCUGUUUGUUCCUCUGUUGUAUCUUUAUAUUGAUGGUACUCGACCAAACUCGAUUAUUUCUUUAGGGUUAAGUAAAAAUCUAAACUUUUUUUUU